GAGACGGGACGGAGAUCGAACCCAGCGUCGGAAGGAAGCUUACGCAGUUGUUCCAUGUCCAACCUACGGCUUCAUCCACGUCACUGGGCUCAUCUAGCGGACAACCGCACUCCUAUCACCUGCCGCCGCAGUCUCCUUAUUGAGACAGAACGCCGUUCCCACCGGGAAGGCUUCUUUCUUUUCACUCAUGAUAUAAUGCACGGAAUGAUCUGGUUCGAAUUUGCAUUAGAGGCGGUCGUAAAUUGGGGUCAUGGGUUCGGGGUAUCUGGGCAAAGAGCAAUACCAAAAAGCAGUCAUGCAUUUUUAUUUAACGGGAAACGGAAUCAUUGUGCAUCUUUGCAGAAUGCUCAUGGUUGUUUCGGGAGUUGGACGUCUCGAGAAAGCCUGUUGCCAGCUGUCUCAGUAUAUACUGCAGUCUUUUCCGCAUGUGUUUCACCGCCUUAGACUUGCUAUUUGGAGGGGUUUGACAAAUUCGAGUCUCGUUUGUUCUUGCAUACUGUUCUCUCAUUUUCAAGUUCUUUACGUCGCAGCCUCCUUAGAGUCAUUUCUGAUAGAACACUGGCUCUUUUUUCUUUUCUUGCGAUGCCCCUACAUUAUACCAUUACAUAUACGCGACAGCAUUAGACAUAGAUACCUCAGCAAAGGCGUGGCGAAUCAUUUUUGGGAGGCCAGAUGGAAUAGAGUGGAUACGGCGUCAAACAAAUAUACUCUUCACGCACAUGGGGCUAUCCUGAUGUGACCGUGGCUAUCACAUGGCUUUGUCACUCUCGGGCCCUUUCCUGCUUCUCGAUACAUACCGAACUGUCUUUCGCAUGUGGU